CUUCAUCUCAUCACUUCGACCGGCUGGACCCAUCACCUCACGCUCCGGGAAUGGGAACUUUACUGGGUUCAAAGAAAAACUUUGAGUUCUUCCGAAUUUACGCUCUACAGAGGCUACUUUUCAAAUUGCAGGGAUAGUUGUCACUGCAGGAUCCGAGUGACACUAAAGCAGGGGGCCACGCUCGGAAUCAUAUUCACCACACAGCAACGCUGUCUAAAUUCGACAAUUUGGAGAUUUUGGCCAAUUUUGCAUUUACUUCAACCGAGGCGUGCGUCAAAAACACCUGUGCGUAAAGUUGGAGCUGACGCGUAUAGUGUCCAAAAGUAACUGCAGAGGAGCAACAUUUAUUUUCACUUUUAGGAUUAGUGUUAAUAACUUGGCCGCCAUGGCAAGAUGGUUCAGAGAUUUCCCCAUCAACCUAAAAAACGGGACCGAACGGGUCCGCUCGGCCUCUGAAUCUGGUCCGCCAACUCGCACCAAACCCUCGUUUUCUCGUGACAGCUUGAAAGGGAAUCAGCGCAAAGAUGGAGGAGUGGGGGGUUUGCUGGCAGGGAGGAAUAGGAAAAAUUCGGCGGAAUUCGGUCGUAACAACGCUGGUUGCGGUGGGACAGUCUGGGACACUCUUACACCUGGGAAAGGUCGGAAAAACGCCAAGGUCGAGGCUGGCAUGUCGGAUGAGAUCCGGCAGGUCAGGACCUCCAGUUUGGCGCAAGCGUACAUCAGCAGGAUGAUCAAGGUGGAUAAACAAGACAAGACUCCGAAACUCAACGGCAUAACUGAACACAAACAGCUGGGGAACGAAACGGGGAGGCCUGACAUUAAAACGACGCUGAUCAUCCUGGAGGACUAUGCAGAUCCUUUUGAUGCAGAGAAAACCAAAGGGCAGAGGGAUGCUGAGAGAGCAGGAGUGAAUGACGGGUACAUGGAGCCUUACGAUGCCCAGGUCAUCAUCACAGAGGUUCGCAGGCGCGGCUCCAAAGACCUCCUGAAAGUGUGCGUGCUGCUGGACCGAGGCCACGGGGAGGGGAAGGAGGAACAGGGGAAACCCCCGCCCCCCAACAUCUACGACACGCCGUACGAGGGCGACAGCGGCGGCGUGUGGAUCCCUGUCACGCGGCCAGAGUCUGACGUCCGCCCCGCCGGGGAGUACGAGCUGCCCUGGGAGUGGAGAAAGGAGGACAUAGUUAGAGCGCUGUCAGCUCAGUUCGAGGCAGUGGAUUGUUCUCCCACCAAAGAGAACGGCUCUAUUCCCACCCGCCAGCAGCAGCAGCAGCAGCAGCAGCAGCAGCAGCAGCAGCAACAGCACCCCCCGAGGCAGAAGAACUGGACCCAUAAAAUACCAUCUACUCCAUCGGGCUCGUCCUCCUCCUCCUUUCCCUCCUCUCCUAUCCUCAAACUCUCCCCUCUCUCGCUCCCGUCUCCCUCUUUCCCCACCCUAAAGCUCCCCCCUCUCUCCCCCUCUUCCAGUCCCACCAAACUUUCCCCUCCGUCUCCAACCUCCCCCAGCAGUGCCCCGUUGGACGGGGAGACAGCCAAAGUGGAGCCCGGCCUGCCGCUGGAGAAGCAAAACUGGUACCAUGGCAGCGUGAGCCGGCAACAGGCGGAAGCUCAGCUGCAGCGCUGCAGGGAAGCCAGCUUCCUGGUGAGGGACAGCGAAUCAGGAACCAGCAAGUACUCCAUCGCUCUGAAGACAAGUCAGAGUUGUGUGCACAUCAUUGUGGCGCAGACAAAGAGCCUUAAAGGUCUGGGCUUCACGCUGGAUCAAAGUAGCUGUGUCUUCUCCAGCAUCCCCGAGCUGGUCCACCACUACUGCACACACAGACUGCCCUUCACUGGGGCAGAGCACAUGACCCUGCAGCACGCUGUGCCCAGGCCCCACUGAACAUACGUAGAGGACGAACAGGCACGCUGGGACGGAGGGACGCAUUCGCAUACAUGUAUUACACUUCAACGCACUAAUGCACACAGACACGCACAUUGACUUGUUUCAGAGAGGUGCAGCAUCUGAUCGCCCUGCGUACCCUGUUCAUUAUGAUACGUUUGGAUCUCUUACAUGCGCUACAAUGAGUCAUACAUUUCAAUAACCAUCGAGGACAUUAUCUUUGGGGUAUUUCUUCCCAGUCUAAAUGCCCUGAAUGUAUUUAUAGUUUCAACAAAACAAUCCCUUCUUCCCCAGCCUGGUAAAUUUGUUCGGCCCACUGUCUUUUCCUUCUGCCCUCCGGGCGUGAUACUGUUUUGGUAAUGCGUAUCAUUGAUUUCUUAUCAUUCAUGAUACGAUGCACGUGACGAACUGCACUUACUGUAACCAAUUAGCUUUUUGAUUUCAUUGGAGAGGAUUGUAAUCUCCUCUUAGACAGAGGUGUUGACAUCAUGACUUCGCCCCAACCAUUUAGACUCGGUCUGUGAGUUCCAAACACCUGAUUGGAAUAAAUCCAGUCACCUAUCUGACAUCUCAAUUUGAGCUGUUCUGACUCAUUUGCCGAGUCUGUCUGUCAAGAGAAAGAGCUUCAUUGAUUUGUUGACUAGAACCGCUGAAGUUAGAAGGGGACCUAUAACUUUACUCGACCCAGCCAAUUGUUUAAGUGUGUGUAACUGUGCAAAAUAAAUAUGUGAAUGUACAUAUUCACAUAUAUAUUUAUAUAUAUGUGCCUUCACUGUAAUCCAAAUGAGGCUGUGAUUAAAACGCUAUCUUACUUUAUUGUAAAUGAACCCUGACAUUUAUCUACUGUUUGCAUAAACGAUGUGUGUAUAAAGGGAAUGUUGGGCAUUGCUGAAUGUUUUUAUACCGACGAUGUGAGUUUUAUAUUACUUUUCUUCAGUAAAGAAAAUAAAUUCAUAUUA